UUGUGUGAAUGGAAGUUGACAAGUUAAGUCGCUUGUGAGUUAAAUUCAUAUUUCCGAAAGAAGUUGUCGUGUUCAGUCAGUGUCUUUUUAAGUGAACUUUUUAUUUCUUUUUCAAAGAGCGUCAUGGACAAUCCUGGGCCUUCAAAGCCGCGUAACAAGAAGCCCUUAGCUGAGUACUCUACCAGCCCUACCAAUUCAUCGUCGGAUUCUGAUGAUAAUGGUAACGUUGAUUCCUUAGUCGGAUCAUCUACAGCUGCAGGACGUAGUUCCGGUGUCAAUAGCACAGGCGGUGCUAUAGGUGCUAUAGGUGCUAUUGGCGCUAAAGGUGCUAUAGAUGGAAAAGGUGCUAUAGGUGCUAACGAUGGAAAAGGUGCUAUAGAUGGAAAAGAUGCUAUAGAUGGAAAAGAUGCUAUAGAUGGAAAAGGUGCUAUGGGUGCUAUAGAUGGAAAAGGUUCCAUCGGUAAACAGAGUGCCGGCGUAGGACGCAACAUUAUUGACGGCGACCUGCCGGUGUCCAAUGCCAAUGCCAAUGCCACAAACGCGAAUCUUUCUGCUCAUCGGGAUAGCUCUAGCUUCAAAGACUCGAACACUGAGCAGGAUAAAAAAAGUACUAUGAUUAAGACUUUGAGGACAUCAAAUGACAUCAAAUAUGAUGUACGCCGCCGACGCCGUAGCCCACCUCCACCGUAUAUGCGUCAGUAUAUGCGCAACAGGCGCUAUCUUGAACCGUGCGAUUUAGGUCUGAUGGGAUGGACUGGGGAAUUCCCAAAGCUAACGCCCGUAUCCAACAUCGAAAGUAACUCGGAUAAAAAUCCGUUGUCGACGGCCAAGUCAGGUGUACUGCCAUGGAGUGGCCUAAAGGUUUUUCCGAGAGUGGAACCGCAAGAGGAGACAGCAGCAGGUUCAGCAAAGCCGGCUCAUAUCACUAAUCAGUCUAUGGAGCAGCAGCAGCAGCAGCAGCAGCAGGAGCAGCAGCAGCAGCAGUCUCUAACAACGCCGAUAAUGACAUCGCAACUCGACGCCACCGGGGGGGAAUUGGAUGAAGCCAUUAAAAAACCUUUGAACACAAAUAACAAUCCAAAUGCAAUUGGUACUGCAACCACAUCCAGUACCAGUACAACAGCAACCAACAUGCAACCAUCAGACUUAAACAAUCAGGUUGAAGUUAAUAAACAGGAUACCUCGCACAAAUCUCUUAUAGAAACUAAGGACGCUAUGUCCGCUCGCAUCAUGAAACGUUCCAUGUCCACCCAUGAUUCGCCUCCGAUGCAAUCGCGUCGUUCCAUGCGCUUCAGUAGCCAUACGCCGCUGGCCGAUGGGAAAGAAACAUCCACCGACACCUCUUUUAAAGUUAUUUACGCACGCCUAAAGCAAACAGGCGUCGAACGAGAUCUCUUUAUACCCAGCUCUGGAAAUCCAAGGACUCGCACCAAUGGUAACCCAGCCCCAAAGGUGGCGGAGAUAGAGCAUGUCCCGGUGGUGAAGGAUAAGACGGUGGCAAAGGAAGAGGCGGUGGUAGAGGGCAAGGAAGGAUUGGCCAAUCCGUCCAGCGUUAUGCCCCAGACGCCUACCUUGGCGGUCACUGGAAAGCGGGUGUCGAAGCCCAAGGUGCCCAAAGGGGCAAGUCCACCGAGUGAGGGCUGGACCUCCACCAUGGCGGUGAAGGGGAAUUCUCGGGCUGAUGCAUCCAACUACACCAACAGCAGCUCGUGCAGUUCACCGAUUGGUAAUUCCAACAUUCGCAGGCGCAGAGCUCACGCAAAAGCAGCCCCUAAGAAGUCAAAGCCUUGUGCGAACUGCACGGCUACGGUUCAUCCGUCUGGACCUAAGUUGUGCAAGAAGUGUAUCUAUGAGAAGGGAUUUGCCAAAAAGAGAUGGUUGGAAAAGGCUGCAGGCAAUGAUCGUCAUCGUGAUGAAGAUGAUGACGACAGUGACUUCAGUAUGAUAGAAGUCACCGUGGAAGAUGAAAUAUCCGUUCCACAGGCGGAGAAAAAGCAGUUAGAAAUCGUGGAGCAGCAGACCGCUACAAAGGAACAAGAGGUUGUUGUAAUUGGAGGGCGCAAGGCUGUAGCCAUCAAAACCGAUCCGAUUGGUUGCAAUAUGAAAGUGAUUCCAAAACAGACCAAUUUGACUGGCCUGAAAACGAUCUCAAAGGACAAUGUUAGCUCCAAUUUGGUGCAGAGCCUGACCGAUUCCCACGUCGGAUGCCAGAUAGUGAUGGCCGUUAUGAAAAUCAUGUCGAUGAAGGAACGUGUAAAUAUGGCGCAGGUUUGCAAAACUUGGUCCAUGAUCAGUCAGGAUAGGAGUGUGUGGCGCACAGUCACUCUACGCCACACCCAUAUCAACAACUGGCCGUGCUUUAUCCGUGAACUCGCAAAGAAUGACACUCGCGAACUGGACAUGCUGGGCACAUUUUUGCCGAGUCCGGAUAUUCUCGCUAAUCUCGACCUUAGCGUCCUGAAAUCAUUGCGCGUUCUUCGCACUUGUCCAGUAGAUGACCAGUUCCUGUAUGCGAUCUUUCGUGACUUGCCCCAUCUGCUGGAGCUAAGGGCAAUCUGCUGCAGUCCAACUUAUAGUUUUUCCAACCUGGAACAGAAAUGCGCUGAGCUUCGCGUGCUCGAAAUCCUAAUGACGGACCACAGAAGCAAAGUGGAAUCACUAGACUCUCUGGGCAACCUGAUACAUCUAACCGAGUUGAAUAUUCGUGGAGUGAAUUAUAUAGGCUCGCAGGACUUUCGCUUCUUGAAGAAACUAUUAAAACUGAAGGUGCUAGUGUUGUCUUCAUGCCAGGGCAUGAAUACCAAGGAAUUUGGCCAGAAAGUGCUGCCCUAUCUAAAGGCUCUACGCAGACUCCGCCUAGAAAACAAGCACAUGGUCAAUACCACUUUUCCGCUGUACCACAUUAUGUGUGGUGUAGCCAGUGGUGGUACGGUAAACCAACUGGAGCUGGUGAACGUCGAGGUGGAUGACCUUCUAACCUCGUUGAUUGGAAUGUGCACCUCUGUUACGGACCUGCUGCUGGUCCCAAAGUGUAUUCAAAAUUCGGCCAACGUGAUCUAUUCCGUGAUGCGUGCCGUUUGCGAAAAUGCCUUACAGCUUCGCGUGUUCCGCCUGGGAUUGGUUACCCAGCUGUUAAGUGCAACGGGAGAGCUGUACAAGGGAAGUAAGAAGGAUGUGAUCCCCGUGCAGCGCCCUGUACCGGGAGUUCCGGAUGACGAUGACCUAAAUUAUUGUGCUCCCGACGACUAUUGCACCGAAACUGAUCACACCGAAUGCGUGACCUUUCUGCCCGCCAAGCGCCUGCUGAUGAUUCUGCGCGAUGUGGCACCAACAACUUUUGUUACGUUUGUCAAGGUGCACAUGUUCAACAGCACCAUGGUUACCUUCCUCAAGCCUCCAAAGCCGACAAACAAUUCCUAGAUGCCAUAAGUUAGCUCAUAUUUAAGCCCUCCCAGUAGCAGAGAAUGCCAAGACUGAGUCUUUUCGAGAAGCAUCACUCCCAAACACCACACCACAUUUAAACACACUCUCAACCAUUUUCUUGAACGACAUUCCAUACGUUUCUUUGUCACAAGCUGUGGACGAUAUAAUCAGCUUGUAAUGAACAUAAAACAAAAACAUGUAAACACAAUAAAUAAAUGGGUUAAUUGCUGGGGCGUACUAAAUCGACUUAAAUCAUUGUUUUGGGAAGUGAACUAUAAAUUUCACUAUAAAAUUAUAGUACUUAUGUAAGAUUGCGUGUAAGUUCUGUUGGUCCUGCUGGCCCUGCGAAGUUGUACUCAUUACAAUUGAACAUGAAUGACACAAUUAAAAAAUAUAAUUCAUACGCAAAACAACCCAUCAUCUUCGUACAAAGACAUUGUUUUUAUUGCAUUUAAAUAUAAGAUCUUAAUAAUAAAUCUCCAAAAAUAUA